CCCGGGGCUGUGGGUCACCUUCCCAGCGGUGGCACCGAAGCGCGGGCGCUGGGGAUCCCUGCUGGAGGGACCCGGUACCCAGCCCUGGAGACCCUGGAGCUGCGGCGCUGGGCGGGGCCGAGGGUCGCCGCGAGCUCCCGGGCGGGUCCCAGGGGCGGAGCCGCGGUACCUGCCCGCAAGGCACCGCCCCCGUCCGCGGAGCUGAUCGGCCUCUGGCCGGGCGUGCUAAUCACCGCGGCCCAAUGACAACAAGGCCCAACCCUUCCCGCCUAGGAUCUAGAGACGGACCCACGGAGAGCCCGCGGCGACUUUAGUGCUGUAGCCACUGCCGCUGCAGCAAGAGCGCUCUGACUUUACCCAGAAACUUCCCACGGCUUCCCCCAGCAUCGGGCCCUGCAGGACCGCACCUGACUGCAACUGGCGCCGGCGUUUCGAAACGCCAGAAACGUGUCAGAGGGAACCGAGACCACCGGGGUAGUGAGGACCCAGGAUCCAGUGAACAUGGUAACCUGUGUGCCAGCCUCGGAGCAGAUCGGCUGUGCCGAAAGAGAUUCGCAAGUUUAUUGUGAAGAUACCGGAGGCAUGGAGGUUACAGACUGCGGGAGCCCUGAGGACAGUGGACCCCAGACUGAGUCAAGCUACGGCAAUUCAGAGGACUCUGGGCAGCUGAUGGCAUCCUACGAGGGUAAAGCUAGGGGCUACCAGGUGCCUCCUUUUGGUUGGCGGAUCUGCUUGGCUCACGAGUUUGCAGAGAAGAGGAAACCUUUUCAGGCUAACAACGUCUCUCUCAGUAAUCUGGUAAAGCAUUUUGGUAUGGGCUUGAGGUACCUGAAGUGGUGGUACCGGAAGACCCACGUGGAAAAGAAGACCCCUUUCAUCGACAUGUUCAACUCUGUACCCCUGAGACAGAUCUAUGGUUGUCCCCUGGGUGGCAUUGGAGGAGGCACUAUCACCCGGGGCUGGAGAGGCCAGUUCUGUCGUUGGCAGCUUAAUCCUGGAAUGUACCAGCACCAGACAGUCAUUGCAGACCAAUUUAUAGUGUGCUUGCGUCGAGAUGGGCGGACAGUUUAUCAGCAAGUUCUGUCCUUGGAGCUUCCGAGUGUCCUGCGCAGCUGGAACUGGGGCCUGUGUGGUUACUUUGCUUUCUACCAUGCCCUCUAUCCCCGAGCCUGGACAGUCUAUCAGCUUCCUGGCCAGAAUGUCACCCUCACCUGUCGCCAGAUCACACCUAUCUUGCCUCAUGACUACCAGGACAGCAGUCUCCCUGUAGGAGUCUUUGUGUGGGAUGUAGAAAACGAAGGAGAUGAGACUCUGGAUGUGUCCAUCACAUUCUCCAUGCGGAAUGGGCUAGGAGGUGAAGAUGAUGCUGCCGGAGGUUUGUGGAAUGAGCCCUUCCGUCUGGAACAGGAUGGGACAUCUGUACAGGGGCUACUCCUGCAUCAUCCGACCCCUCCGAACCCCUAUACCAUGGCUGUGGCUGCACGAUGCACGGCAGAAACCACGGUAACCUACACCACAGCCUUUGACCCCGACGGCACUGGGCAGCAGGUGUGGCAGGACCUACUUCAAGAUGGACAGCUGGACUCCCCUGCUGGCCAAAGUACCCCAACACAGAAAGGAGAGGGUAUCGCUGGGGCUGUAUGCAUCUCCAGCAAGCUGCUACCACGAGGCCGGUGCCGCUUGGAGUUUUCACUGGCUUGGGAUAUGCCUAGGAUCAUGUUUGGAGCUAAAGGCCAAGUCCACUACAGGCGGUACACACGGUUCUUUGGUUCAGAUGGUGAUGCUGCACCUGCCCUGAGCCACUAUGCGCUGUGCCAAUACGCAGAUUGGGAGAACAGAAUCUCAGCAUGGCAGAACCUAGUACUGGAAGACAGAACCUUGCCUGCCUGGUACAAAUCUGCACUGUUCAAUGAGCUAUACUUCCUGGCCGACGGAGGCACAGUCUGGCUGGAAGUCCCUGAAGCCUCCCUCCCGGAGGAGCUGGGAGGGAGCAUGCGUCAGCUCCGCUCUGUUCUGCAGGACUAUGGGCGAUUUGGCUAUCUUGAAGGCCAAGAGUACCGCAUGUACAACACAUACGACGUCCACUUUUAUGCCUCCUUUGCCCUUGUCAUGCUGUGGCCCAAACUUGAGCUCAGUCUUCAGUAUGAUAUGGCUCUGGCAACUUUCAAGGAGGACCUGACCCGGCGACGGUACCUGAUGAGUGGCGUAGUGGCACCUGUGAAAAGGAGGAACGUUAUCCCUCACGAUAUCGGGGAUCCAGAUGAUGAGCCGUGGCUCCGGGUCAAUGCAUAUUUGAUUCAUGACACUGCUGACUGGAAGGACCUGAACCUGAAGUUUGUGUUGCAAGUUUAUCGGGACUAUUACCUGACGGGUGAUCAAGGCUUCCUGAAGGACAUGUGGCCUGUGUGUCUGGCUGUGAUGGAGUCUGAAAUGAAGUUUGAUAAGGACCAAGAUGGACUCAUUGAGAAUGGGGGCUACGCAGACCAGACCUAUGACGGAUGGGUCACCACAGGCCCCAGUGCUUACUGCGGAGGGCUGUGGCUGGCAGCAGUGGCUGUGAUGGUUCAGAUGGCUGUUCUGUGUGGGGCCCAGGAUGUCCAGGAUAAGUUUGCUUCCAUUCUGUACCGAGGCCGAGAAGCUUAUGAGAGAUUGCUCUGGAACGGACGCUAUUACAACUACGAUAGCAGCUCCCAGCCUCAGUCCCGCAGCAUCAUGUCUGACCAGUGUGCUGGGCAGUGGUUCCUGAGGGCCUGCGGCCUGGGAGAAGGAGACACUGAAGUAUUUCCUACCCUGCACGUGGUCCGCGCUCUCCAGACCAUCUUUGAAUUCAAUGUCCAAGCCUUCGCAGGAGGAGCCAUGGGGGCUGUGAACGGGAUGCAGCCUCAUGGCGUCCCUGACAGAUCCAGCGUGCAGUCUGAUGAAGUCUGGGUGGGUGUAGUCUAUGGGCUGGCAGCCACCAUGAUCCAAGAGGGCCUGACUUGGGAAGGUUUCCGCACAGCUGAAGGCUGUUACCGCACUGUAUGGGAACGCCUGGGCCUGGCUUUCCAGACCCCAGAGGCAUACUGCCAGCAACGAGUGUUCCGCUCCCUGGCCUACAUGCGGCCCCUGAGCAUCUGGGCCAUGCAGUUGGCCCUGCAACAGCAGCAGCAUAAAAAGAGCGGCAGGCCAGCAGUCCCACAAGACCCAGGAGUAAGCACACAGCCUGAAUGUGGACCACAGAGAUCGCUGGCAAACCUCGGUCCAGAGUGAGCCCUCUGAGCUGGAGGCCCAGCCUCCACACUGGGCCUUCCUCCCUCCUCCCACAAGUCCUGCAGCCCUGAGCCAAUAGGACAAUCAGGCCCCUCUUCCUACCCAACUGUGCCAGUGAAAAGGGCUGAGGAGCCACUUAUUUAUUUCUUACCCCACCCGUUCCUUCCAUGAAGUAUUCAAGGCCAGUAAAUGUCUCCAGUUCUAUUCAUGGGACAACAGAUACACAUGGAUAUAAAUAAAAUACUCAUAAAACUA